CAAAACAAAUAUCGAGUCGAAACGUUUCGACGUAACAAGUGGAAACGGUCGCCUUUCCAAGAGUAAACGAAGACCUUUAAACGACUAUCGCGGUCCAAGUUCCAUCCAAUUCUGAAGAAAAGCUCUAAAGCGCUGCUAUUCGUACGGUUCCGUUCAUUCUCCCGACCAAUCGGAGUUUCAUAGUUCGAACAGCACAGUCAAUUUCAAAUCCAGCAAGACCCAAACCCGUUUUUACAAGUGUCGAAUCCACAUAGCCAAAUGUGCAAAGACCACCACGCCGAGACCCGACCUCAAGCCCUAAAAUGCUGAAGAAGCUCAUAGCGAAGCUCGCAGACCACCGAACUCUCACCCCUAGAGAUGGCGAAGCACUCGGGAACGUGGGCCGCAUCGCACUCGCGCUGGCUCCUCGCUCUCCUUAUGAUGCUCUCGGUCUCGACGUUGAUCGCCUUCUUGAUCAGACCCGCCUUCGACUCCUGCGAUCGCCGCGUGGAAGUCGUGAAAAAGCGGGUCGACUCGGCCGCGCAGACCGGGUCCGCGCCGAGUCCACUCGGUUUUAUGAAGUCCAAGCGCGUCCUGCUUGUCUCGCACGAGCUCUCUCUCUCCGGUGGACCAUUGUUGUUGAUGGAGCUGGCAUUUCUGUUAAGAAGUGUUGGUGCUGAGGUUUGUUGGAUUACAGUCCAGAAGCCUGCAGAAACAGAUGAGGUGAUAUACAGUUUGGAGCAUAAGAUGUUGGACCGGGGAGUCAAGGUCUUCUCUGCCAAGCGUCAGGAAGCUAUAGACAUAGCUCUCAGAGCUGAUUUGGUUGUUUUGAACACAGCUGUUGCUGGGAGAUGGCUUGAUGCUGUUCUCAAGGAAAAUGUUCCUCGUGUUCUUCCGAAGGUGUUGUGGUGGAUCCAUGAAAUGCGUGGACAUUACUUCAGACUGGAGUAUGUCAAGCACCUGCCUUUGGUUGCUGGUGCUAUGAUUGAUUCUCAUGUGACGGCAGAAUACUGGAAGAAUAGGACUCAUGAGCGCUUGGGGAUUAAAAUGCCUGAGACCUAUGUUGUUCACCUUGGAAAUAGCAAGGAACUCAUGGAAGUUGCUGAAGACAGUGUAGCAAAAAGGGUUUUGCGUGAACAUGUCAGAGAGUCUCUUGGAAUACGAAAUGAAGAUUUACUAGUUGCCAUCAUAAACAGUGUUUCGCGUGGAAAAGGCCAGGAUCUAUUUCUUCGUUCAUUCUAUGAAAGCUUGCAAUUGAUCCGAGAAAAGAAGUUGCAGGUGCCAACGCUGCAUGCAGUAAUUGUUGGAAGUGACAUGACUGCUCAGACCAAGUUUGAGUCAGAAUUACGUAACUUUGUAAUGCUGAAGAAAAUUCAAGAUCGAGUUCACUUUGUAAAUAAAACUCUGACUGUAGCCCCUUAUCUAGCUGCAAUUGAUGUUCUCGUUCAGAAUUCCCAGGCACGGGGAGAAUGCUUCGGUAGGAUAACCAUUGAAGCUAUGGCAUUUCAGCUGCCUGUACUGGGAACAGCAGCAGGCGGCACCACAGAGAUUGUAUUGAAUGGGACGACGGGUUUGCUGCAUCCUGUUGGGAAGGAAGGGAUUACUCCCCUUGCCAAAAACAUUGUCAAACUCGCUACUCAUGUUGAGAGGAGGCUCACAAUGGGGAAGAGAGGGUAUGAGAGGGUCAAAGAAAUCUUUUUAGAGCACCACAUGGCGCAUAGAAUUGCUGCUGUUCUGAAGGAAGUGUUGCGUAAGUCAAAGAAAAGCUCAUAUUCUUAAUGGCUCCUCCACUUUUUCAAUGCCAAAUAGAACUCCCCGUGUUUAACUUGGGAUGCAUUAAGCUAAAUUGUGAAGCUCUUUCAGUAGCAGUGGCCAAAUCUACGACCUGGUUGCCUUAUGUUAUCCAUAUUCUGGAAGGGCUGUAGAUCAUGUAUAGAUGAUAAAUUACGCUAGUAGCCUGUUCAUAUAGUUUUCAUCAGUUGUAUAGUAUGUGAAAAUUUUUUUCCUAAGGCAUCGACUCGCUAGCUUUUGGCUCUCAUGGCAAUAGGCCGAUGAUUUUAGGCAGAACUUAAUAUUACAAAAGGCUUUUCCAUAUCA